AUGACCUCCCUCGAGGCGAAACUGGACAAGAUCCGGUCCCCGAAUCUGCAGAACCAGAAACAGGUCGCCAUAGUCCUCACAGCACUCGAAUCGACCCUCACCUCGACCUCCACCCCCUUCACCCCCACCGCCUAUCUCGCCUCCCUCCUCUCCCUCCUCCCCACAACAACCUCAAACCCCUCCCUCGCCGCACCAACAAUCUACCUCCUCGACCUCAUCACCCCGCACGUGCCCGCCCCGCUCCUGCGCUCCCGCUUCCCGCAGAUCCUAACACACCUCGUGCCAGCGCUCUCACACCCAACGGCCGACGCACCCCUCCUCCGCAGCUCCAUCGGCGUCAUCGAUGCGCUGCUCGUCGCGCAGGACUCGGCAGCAUGGGCACUACCCCAGCGCGACAUCAGCCCGCGGAGGGCACUCGCGGGACUACUAACACUCGCGAUGGACGAGCGGCCAAAAGUGAGAAAGAGGGCGCAGGAGGCCGUCGCGAACGUGCUGCGGAAUCCACCGGCUAGUCCGAGCACGGAGCAUCCCGCGGCCGACAUGUGUGCGCUUUCCGCGCUCUCCGGCAUCACCGCCCUCUCCGCCACCUCCUCCGGCCCCGAGAGCAAAAAGGGCUCAGGAGCAGUAGACCCACGGCUAAUGCACGCCCUGCAGCUCCUCCGCGCCGUCUGCAGCGCCAGCGGCUUCCCCUCCCGCCGCAUCGACGCGCUGUGCACCGCGCUGCUGUCCAUCGCCCGCAGCACAAACGAGUACCUCGUCACCGCCGCGCUCGGCGUGUUCGAGGAGUGCUUCGCGGGCCUGAGCGGCGACGAGGUGUACCACGCGAAGCUGCCGGGCGUGCUGGAGGCCAUCAUGGAGCUGCGGCCGGGGAUUGGCGACGCGGGCGUGGCGCCGGCGUGGCUGGCGGUCGUGGCGCGCGGGUGGGAGGUGUAUGCUGCUGUUGACGAGGACGCUGCGUUUGCGGGGUUGCCCGCGCUGUGGGGGGUUGUGGCGGGGUAUCUGGAGGGCGCGGCGAGGGACGUGAGGGUGUCGGCGGCGCAGUGUCUUGUGGCGCUUGCGACGACAGUGGUGCCGGACCGGGCGCUGCUGGACGUGACGAGGAGUACGGAGAAUGUGCUGGCGGGCGUGGCGGCAAAGACGACGGAGCUGCUGAGUGUGCGGUUCCAGGGCGCGUGGAAGGAGGUGUUUGAGGUGCUGGUGGCGCUGCUGGAUCGGCUGCUGUGGCGGGCGGCGCCGCUGCUGAACGAUGCGGUGAAGAUGAUUGGGGAGUUGCGUGCGAACGAGGGCUUCCAGGGGAAGAAGGAGGCCGAUGAGGUGCUUGGCCAUGCGGUGCGCGCGAUGGGGCCCGACGCGGUGCUGGCGCUGUUGCCGCUGAAUCUUGUGGCGCCGAAGCCCGGUGCGCCGGGGAGAGCGUGGAUGCUGCCCGUGCUGAGGGAGUUUGUGGGGAACACGAGGCUGGGGCAUUUCAGGGAGGUGUUUGUGCCCAUGAGUGAGGCAUUCUUUGAGCGGGUUGUGGCGCUGGAGGCGGCGGGGGGCGGCGAGAAGACGGUCGAGGGGAAGAUCUUUGAGACGCUGGUGGGCCAGGUGUGGGCGCUGUUUCCGGGCUAUUGCGAGCUGCCGGUGGACUUGUGUGAGGCAUUCGACCAGCCCUUCGCCGAACUGCUCGCAAACGUGCUCUACCAAAAGGUCGACCUGCGCGCCGACAUCUGCAAGGGGCUGCAAUCCCUCGUCGACACCAACAAGUCCAUCCUCGAGCUCGUCGCCUCCGACAGCGAAGACGACCUCGUCGCCCAGCGCCGCGUCUCGCGCGCUGAUGCCGCCCGCAACAUCGCCCACCUCGCCUCCUUCUCCUCAAACCUGCUCGCCGUGCUCUUCAACGUCUACAGCACCACGCUCCCGCAGUACCGCGGCUUCAUCCUAAAGUGCCUCAACAGCUUCCUCAGCAUCACGCCGCCCGCAGAGCUCAUGGCCACGUUCGAGAAGGUCACGACUAUGCUCGAGGGCGCGCUCGCAGAGACUCAAGCCAAAGCCCAGGCCGAGAAACCCAAAGAGAAGACCCCCGCAGGACAGGACCGAAUGCCGCCGAUGGCACACACGCUGAUGGACCUCGUCAUCGCCAUCACGCCAUACCUCCCCGCCGACAGCCACCACAGCCUCUUCCUCAUCUUCGCCGCCACCGUCAACAACAGCGCAGACCCGCAGCUGCAGAAAAAAGCCUACAAGGUCGUCCCGCGCCUCGCCGAAACCGACUCCGGCCGCACCGCACUACAGCAGAAAUCAGAAGAGCUCCAACAAUUCCUCAUCGCCGCCGCCGACAAGGCCACGCCCCCCGCGCGCCGCGACCGCCUCGCGGCACUCGCGCAGAUCGUGGAGUUCCUGCCGAGGGAGGAUAUGCACUUCAUCCCCAGCGUGCUCUCGGAGGUCGUCAUCUCCGCCAAGGAGGUCAACGAGAAGGCGCGCACCGCCGCAUUCGAUCUGCUGGUGCUUAUGGGCGAGAAGAUGCGUGCCGGCGGCACCGUGGUGAAUCGCCGCGUGGCGCACAUGCCCCCCGACGCACCGGACGUGCCGGCGACGCUCGACGAGUAUGUGACCAUGAUCUCGGCGGGGCUGGCGGGGUCGACGCCGCACAUGAUCAGCGCGUCCAUCACGGCGCUGACGCGCGUGCUGUACCAGUUCAAGGACGACAUUGGCGGCGCGCUGGUGGGCGAGAUGGUCAGCACGCUGGACCUCUUCCUGACGAGCAAGAACCGCGAGGUGGUGCGGAGCGUGCUGGGGUUCGUGAAGGUUUGUGUGAUUUCGCUGCCGCGGGAGAUGAUGGUGGAGCGGCUGGCGACGCUGGUGCCGAAUUUGAUGGUGUGGAGCCAUGAGCAUAAGGCGCACUUUAAGGCGAAGGUGAAGCAUAUUGUUGAGCGUAUGAUUAGGAGGUUUGGGUAUGAGACGGUGGAGAAGCAUGUGCCGGAGGAGGAUAAGAAGCUGGUCGUCAAUAUCAGGAAGACCCGCGAUCGCAAGAAGCGCCAUAAGGACGCUGCCGCGGCGGGCGAUAACGACGAGGAGGAGAAGCCCGUGUCGAAGAAACGCCAAUCCAAAUUCGCCUCCGAGUUCGAAGAAGCCAUCUAUGGCUCCGACAGCGACUCCGCCUCCGACAGCGACGCCGACUCCACCUCUGCCGCCGCCGCCCCGCGCACCACCAACAGCAACAAGCGCGGCAAGGCCAAAAACACAGCCUACAUCGUCGAAGACGAAGACGAGCCGCUCGACCUCCUCGACCGCAAGUCGCUCGCACACAUCUCGUCGACGCGGCCGCAGCGCACGCGCAUCGGCGACCGCAAGAAGCCGCAGCCCAAGACGAACGAGGACGGGAAACUGGUGCUGGGGCUGGAUGAUGCGCAGAAUUACGAGAAGGAGGGAGGGGGGGCGGGGGCGGAGAUGGAUGUGGAUAUGGCGGCGGCGGCGGGGGGUGCGGGUGGGGGUGGGGUGGAUGCGUAUGUGCAGGCGAUUACGGGUAAGGAUGCGCCGAAGAGGGGGCAGAGGAAUAGGGUCAAGUUUUCGAAUAAGGGGAGGGGCGAGGAGGAGGAGGAUGAUUUGGAGGAGGAGGCGGUGGCCGCGGGGUAUUCGUCGGGGGGGAAGAAGGGGAAGAAUGGUAGGAAGGGGCUGGGCGUGAAGGGUGUCAAGGAGGGGAGAGUGGCGAAGGGAGGGCAUCGCAGGAGGUAG